AUGGAGCAGGGAAGUAUAGUCCACUUUCUUGAGAACAAGACCAUUUUGAUCACUGGUGCCACUGGCUUUCUAGCUAAGAUUUUUGUUGAGAAGAUACUUCGGAUUCAACCAAAUAUCAACAAGCUCUAUCUUCUUAUAAGAGCUGAAAAUUCGGAAUAUGAUGUGGCAAUGGGGAUCAAUACCAUGGGAGCUCUGCAUGUUCUAAACUUUGCAAAGAACUGCGCUAAAAUAAGGAUGCUUGUGCAUGUUUCAACCGCUUAUGUAUGGGGUGAACGUGGUGGAGUUCUACCAGAGAGCCCUUUUUAUAUGUGUGAAACACUGAACGGGACAUCGGGUUUAGACAUUUAUAAAGAGAAAAAGCUGAUCGAGGAAAGGCUGCAUGAACUUCAUUCGAACGGAGCUACAGAAGAGGCAAUUACAUUGGCGCUAAAGGAUUUGGGUGUCCAAAGGGCAAGGCUAUACGGGUGGCCAAACACGUACGUUUUCAGCAAAGCAAUGGGGGAGAUGGUAUUGGGACACUUGAAAGGCAACCUACCCCUAGUUAUCGUGCGCCCCACCGUGAUCACCAGUACUUACAAAGAGCCAUUCCCUGGCUGGGUUGAAGGCCUCAGGACCAUUGACAGCUUCAUUGUUGCAUAUGGUAAGGGGAAAUUGUCAUUCUUCCCUAGCGAUCCGACUACCAUCAUUGAUGUGAUUCCGGCGGACAUGGUGGUGAAUUCAAUAAUUGUAGCCAUAGUAAUUCAAGCAAAUCAACCUUCUAUGGUCAUUUACCAAGUAGGAUCCUCGGCGAGAAAUCCAGUGAGACACGCGGAUCUUCAAGAUUACACGCUGCAUUACUUCACCAAGAAUCCAUGGAUUAGCAAGGAUGGGAAGCCUAUCAAGGUUAGAAAGAUUACUGCAGUGACCACCAUGGCUAGCUUCCAUAGACACAUGGCAACUCGUCGCUUUCUACUGCUAAAGGGAUUGAAAUUGGCAAAUAUGGCAUUUUGCCAAUAUUUUCAGGGAACUUAUAUGAAACUCAAUCGACAAAUGAAGUUCCUAAUACGGUUGAUAGAACUCUUCAAACCCUACUUCUUCUUUAUGGGCAUCUUCGAUGAUACGAACUCGGAGAAGCUGCAAAUGGUUGCAAGAGAAACCACUGUGGAUGCGGAGGCUUUUGGCUUCAAUUCUAGGUGCAUCGAUUGGGAAGACUACUUCAUGAACACUCACAUUCCUGGAGUUGUGAAAUACUUGUUCAAGUGA